AUGGCCACGGCUUCGUCGGAGCCGCUCCCCAGCGGCGAGGAGGGGGACGAGGAUGCGGGGGCGAGGAUCGAUGACGACCUUCGCGGCAUGUCGGACCAGGCGCUGAAGGAGAGGUUCAAACGCCUACAGGACGGGCUCAACAAAUUCCCCGGCGUCCUCCCGGACGGUGGGAAGAAGUACCGCCGCUCGCUCCGCGCCGUCCGCGGCGAGCUCGACCGCCGCACUCGCUUGGCCUCGGACUCGGCCUCUCUCCGGCCACGGCCGCGGCCACCGCGUCCGCAAGGCCGCCUAGGCGAGCCGGAUGGCAAUAGAGGUGAACGGAUGAUCCAGUCAAGUUGUGCAGAACCGUCUGGUUUGUCUAGUAAAUGCAAUGAAAAUCAUGGAGUAACCAAAUCUGAUUUCCUUUCCGCAUUUGAGGUGGAUGAUGAGGCAGGCAUCGAUGUGGAGAUAACAAGUAUAUGCCCUGGCAAGACUAAAACGCCAGUAGAAAAUAAAGGGAAGUCGUAUGAAGUGAGUGAAUCUUGCAAAACCAAUGCACAACCAAUGCCUCCCAAAGUAUUAUGUAUCGACAACUCAAUCGACGUGGAAAAUAUGUCUUCUGACGAUGACUUCAAGGAUAACGACGAUAUUAGGAUACGUGAAAAUGCUUCCACACCUUCUCGGAAAAGGAAAGGAGAUGACUCAGUUAACUUCUCAAUGCGAUUGAGACCAAGAAAGGCUCAAGAGGUGGUUCUACUCGAUGCAGAUGCACACCAUUCAGAAUCUGCAGAGAAGCCAACCACUAAACGGGAUGCAAUGAAGAUAUAUUAUCCUUCAAGCGAACACUCAAAUUCUAUUGAGCUUUCUCAUGAUGACAUAAAAUGCCUUGAGCCUGAAUCGUUACUUUCCUCAACUAUAAUGAACUUCUACAUUAUGUACCUGCAAGGACCAAUGUCGUCGAUUAGUACACAAAGAGGCAAGUAUCACAUUUUCAAUACAUACUUCUUCAAGAAACUUGAAGCCCUAAAAUCAAAGGCAGACAAGCCUUCUUACUUCUUAAACCUGAGAAGAUGGUGGAAAGGCAUAGAUAUAUUUCAAAAGCCAUAUAUAUUAUUUCCUGUGCAUGCAGAUACUCAUUGGAGCCUGGUGAUUAUAUGCAUGCCAGCAAAGGAAGAUCAAUCAGGCCCCAUUAUACUUCAUUUGGAUUCACUGAAUUUCCAUAACAGCAGAUUGAUUUUCAGUGUUGUUGAGAGGUUCCCCAGCAGGAAAAUGAAUUUGACUGUGGCCUCUUUGUUCUGUACUAUAUGCAGCGGUUCAUCGAGGAGGCACCUGAAAGGCUUCACAAGAAAGACCUUUCUAUGUUUGGCAAAACAUGGUUUCAACCUGAAGAGGCUUCUGCAUUGCGAAAGAAAAUGA